CAACUCGCGAGACCACCUUAUCAACACAUUCGACUUCUGAUUACCUAUCACUCAUCUCCCCUAUAUUCGUGCAGCGAGUGACUUCUAUACCCAGCCAUUUUGCUGGCUCACAACCAUGGCAACACCCAAGACUACAACACUCCCGAUAAUUCCCCUGGCAGAGGGUUCCGUCCUCUUGCCAGGCUUGACUCUCCGCAUUCCACUCCAAGGUCGUGGCGAUAUCGCCGCCAUUCUUGCAAACAUCUACAGCAAAGCUGCCACUCCCAAUCCUGAUCCUACCUCGAUCAGCGUCGGCUGUCUGCCUGUAAAGUCUCCCUAUCUUAGCUCUGACGGUCAAAAGCUGCUCGACGAUGGCAAAGACAACAAUAGACGCCCCAUUGCCGGCAUCAACCCCGCUCAGGCUACCCAGGACCAGCUAUUCUCCGUCGGUACUCUCGCAAAGGUUUCUGGUGUCCAGGGAAAGAGACGUGGCGAACUGUCCUUGGUCGUAGAGGGCGUGAGCCGCUUCCAGAUCAACAGCUUCGUCCGAGACACCCCCUACUUUGAAGCAGACGUCUCGGUCCAUACAGAUGAACGUGUCGACGAAUCAGAUAAGGAGGUCAGAGCACUCUUUGCUGAGCUCAAGCAGCUUUCGAGAGAACUGCUCGCCCUCAUCAGGCUCUCCUCCCUAUUACCACGUGCCCCACCCACCUCAUUGUCGCCACUCCUCGCUCGCCGUCUUGAACUAUUCAUCGUCAGGAAAGAUUUGCAAGAGGCUGGCGUCCUUGCUGAUUUCAUGACAAACAUCAUCGAGUGCUCUCAGGAGGACAAGCUACGCAUCAUCUCCGCCCUCCCGCUCAAGCUUCGUCUCGAGCGUGCUGUUGACUUGCUGCAGAGAAAUGUCUCGACUAUACAAGGCAACAACCGCAUCAUGUCAAUCAAGUCAUCUGUUCCCGAUAGUGACGUGGAUUCGGAACAAGCUGCGCGUAUACGCCGACAGCAGCUACUCAAGCGAUUUGGUGGCGGUCUGGCUGGCAGUGCAUCUAAUUCACCCCUUGGUCUCGGCAAACCCGACGAAGAAGAAGAGCCCAAUGAGAUUGACGAGUUGAAGAAACGUCUCGAUGAGGCCAAGCUGUCUCCUGAGGCCUCCAAGGUUGCUGACCGCGAACUCAAGAGACUUUCCAAGAUUAACCCUGCACAAGCCGACUACCAGGUCUGCAGGACCUAUCUCGAGAAUCUCUCUGAAAUCCCCUGGACCAAGUUCACCGAAGACAAGCUCGAUCCCGCAACUUUAUCACGAGCUCGCAAACAACUAGACGAUGAUCAUUACGGUCUUGACAAGAUUAAGAAGCGACUACUCGAAUAUCUGGCUGUACUGAAGUUGAAGCAGCAGGUCAAUGCCAACCUCCAGUCUCAGAUCGACAAGAUCACCGAGGAAGCGAAUGCCUCCAGCAAAGUCGAGAAUGCUGAGAACCCCGAGACGAAGCCCGAACAGACGCCUGAGGAGGCCAAAAUUCUAGACAAGAAGCGCAUGGUUGACAAAUCACCCAUUUUGCUUCUGGUGGGACCACCAGGUGUGGGCAAGACCAGUUUAGCCAAAUCAGUUGCUACUGCGCUAGGUCGGAAGUUCCACAGGAUCAGCUUGGGAGGCGUCCGUGACGAAGCCGAGAUUCGCGGGCACCGUCGUACGUACGUUGCGGCAAUGCCUGGUCUGAUUGUUAGUGGUCUCAAGAAGGUAGGCGUCUCGAAUCCUGUCUUCUUGCUGGAUGAAAUCGACAAGAUUGGUACAUCGAGUCACCACGGCGAUCCUUCUGCUGCCAUGUUGGAAGUCUUGGAUCCUGAGCAGAACAACACUUUCACCGAUCACUAUGUCAAUAUCCCCAUCGAUCUGAGCAAGGUCCUGUUCAUUGCCACAGCCAAUUCUCUGGACACGAUUCCUGCGCCAUUGCUUGACAGAAUGGAGACCAUUCAGCUGGCUGGCUAUACGAGUGUUGAGAAGCGUCACAUCGCCAAUCGCCAUCUAAUCCCGAAGCAGAUUACCACCAACGGUCUUAACCAUGAUCAGGUUGCCAUUGCUGAGGAUGUGCUUGACAAGAUCAUUACCUCCUACACACGCGAAGCAGGUGUCCGUAAUCUAGAGCGUGAGAUCGGCUCAGUCUGUCGUAGCAAAGCGGUAGCGUACGCCGAAGCAUCCGAUGCUAGCUCUACGUCUUACUCCCCAACUGUGCGAAUGGAAGAUCUCGAAGAGAUACUGGGCAUAGAACGCUUCGAAGAGGAAAUUGCGGCUACCACGUCACGGCCGGGUAUAGUCACUGGUCUCGUGGCCUAUAGCUCUGGUAACCAAGGCAGUAUACUCUUUAUCGAAGUGGCUGACAUGCCUGGCUCUGGCCGCGUACAACUCACUGGAAAGCUUGGAGAUGUCCUGAAAGAGAGUGUCGAGGUUGCCUUGACAUGGGUCAAAGCCCAUGCUUUCGAGUUGGCACUGACACAUGAUCCCACCGAGGAUAUCAUGAAGAGUCGCAGUAUUCACGUACACUGCCCAAGCGGUGCUAUCCCCAAGGACGGACCCAGUGCAGGUCUAGCACACACAAUUGCCCUUGUCAGUCUAUUUAGUGGCAAGUCUGUACCGCCUACUCUUGCAAUGACCGGCGAGUUCAGUCUACGCGGAAAAGUCCUUCCGGUCGGCGGCAUCAAGGAGAAGCUGAUCGGCGCACAUCGCGCCGGUGUCAAGAAGGUCUUGUUGCCAAAUGCCAACAGGAAAGACACUAGGGACUUGCCUGAAGAAGUGCUAUCAGGCCUCGAGAUCGUAUACGUUGGUCACAUAUGGGAAGCCAUGCGUCAGGUCUGGCCUGAUGACCACUGGCCUGGUGAGAGACAGUGGGAUGGCCUCGAGAGCCGCUUGUGAUCUCAUUGCAUAUCUUCUCACUUUGCAUGCUUUACGAAGGGCGUUAGACUGGACAUAUGGGACUGCAAUUUGACCUUCUUCCUGCAUAUACGCGCUGUUUAUCUUGCCUAUUUGUCUCCUGUCACAUGGCAGCUAUCGUUCCAACUACUUUCUAAGUCAAAUACGUUAUUCCCGUGUUUUUCCUUCUGCACGAUUUGCCGCUUAACACGCGAUUGCCGGAGUGAAUUCCUCCGCCGAUCGUCAUUUACUAUUUCCCUUCAAGGCCUUCACCAACACCCGACCAAGACCAACUUGUGAGUGUCGCAUUCUAGUCGCAGCAAACUGCAGCCGC